CGCCCUCUUCCUGGCACAGGGUGCGGCGCAGAGCGGCGUCUGACGGGGUCAGAUUCGGGGAGAGCGUCGAAGCCGGAGACCUCACCAUGUCCAGGCCCAGCACCUACCAGCACAAGCUGGCCGAGAAGCUGACCCUCCUGAACGAGCGAGGCGCGGGGGUGCUGCUGCGCAUGAGCUACAUCAAGAAGGUGUGCACAGACCCCAAACUCCGCCCCUCCUUUCUGGCGGAAAAGGCCAUGGAACCGGCCAUCAAACACAUCAACAAGAAGUUCCCUAACAUCGACUUCAGGGGCAGCAGCAAUCACCUGAACAACGUCCAGAAGCAGAAGUCGGAGGUGCUGUGUGGCCUGAGCAGCUUCUACCACUCCUUCCUGGAUGUGAUGGAGUUCAGGGACCACGUGUAUGAGCUUCUUAACACCAUCGACGCCUGCCAGUGCUUCUUCAAUAUAACGGUGAACUUCGGCUUCACCAAGAGAUACCUGGACCUGAUUGUGACCUACACCUCAGUCAUCGUGAUGCUGUCCCGCAUCGACGACAAGAAGGCUCUGGUGGGCAUGUACAACUGCGCUCACGAGAUGUCCAACGGCUCCAGUGACCCGGCCUACCCCCGACUGGGGCAGAUGCUGAUGGAGUAUGAGCAGCCCUGGAAGAAGCUGCUGGAGGAGUUUGGCCCUCACACCAAGGCGGUGACGGAGUCCUUGUUGUCGCUGCAGAUGGUCUACCCGCGCAGGAACCUCCCGGCGGAUCAGUGGCGCAGCGCCCAGAUGCUGAGCCUCCUCAGCGCCCCGGCCGCCAUGCUGAGCCCCGCCUGCUGUGACACCAUGCCAUGUGAGUACCUCGCCAUGGACGUCAUGGAGCGCUGGAUCAUCAUCGGGUUCCUGCUGUGCCACAGCAGCCUGAACACAAACCAGGCCUCUCAGGACCUGUGGAAGAUGGGUCUACGCAGCGGCCUGUACAUCACGCUGAUCCGGGAUGAGCUGCUCAACAUACACAAGGUCACCGAGGACUGCUUCGACAGUAUCAAAGGGUACAACAAGCGAAUAGCGGACAUCAAAGAGAGCAGGGAGCAUGCCAUCGCAAACUGUGGAGCUUUGCACAGAGAGAGAAGACUCUACCUGCGGGGGGCGCUGAAAGAGCUGUCCAAAGUGCUGGAGGAUGAACCGGGCCUGCUGGGGCCCAAGGCCUUGUUUGUCUUCAUGGCUCUGUCCUUCUCCCGUGACGAGGUGCUCUGGAUGCUGCGACACUAUGAAAAUGUGCCAAAGACCAAGACCCCAGAGGACUACGUGGACUCGCAGAUUGCAGAGCUGCUAUUCUACAUGGAGAAGCUGAAGGACCUGAUUUCGAAGCACAGCCGAGUGGUACAGCGCUACCAUCUGCAGUACCUGGCGCAGUUUGAUGCUCUGGCACUCAACGACACAAUACAGAACAUGAACGUGUGCCCAGAGGAGGAGUCCAUACUGAUGACAUCAUUUGUCUCCUCCCUGUCUGCACUGACAGUAAAACAAGUGGAAGCCGGAGAGGAGUUUGACUUCAGGGCUCUCAGACUGGACUGGCUACGACUGCAGGCUUACACAAGUGUCUUCAAGGCCCCUCUGCCACUCAAAGACUACCCAGACCUGGCCAAGAUCAUGAACAUGACCGAGUUUCACACCAAGAUGAUGGACAGCAUGGGCGAGCUUCUCCAGGAAACGUCCGACCUCUCCACGCUGUGUUUCUACCCCCGCUCCUUUGAGAAGAUGUUCUCCCUCAGCAGUGAAGAUGCGAUCAUGCAGCGCUACCUUAUCGCCUUCCCCCUGGUCUGCACGCACUUCUCUCACAGUGCUCACCCCAUGUGCCCAGAAGAGGUGCCAGCCAAUGAGCAGAGGAGCCUGCGGCUGUGCGUGGGGUUCCUGGAGGAGAUCGCCCGGCAGACCUGCAAUGUUGUCUUGGAGAUUUGUGCUGAACAGUGCAACCUGAACGACCAGCUGCUGCCCAAGCACUGUGCGCAGACGAUCAGCACCGCCAGAAACAAGAAGCUGAAGAAGGCGGAGCCCAAGAAGGGGGCGGUCCAGAAGGAGAAGCCGGGCGCCGAGAGCCAAAGGAAGGACCGAGCCAUCGUCACCACAAUGGACAAGCUGCACCUGUCCCUGACGGACCUGUGCAUCUCGCUCAGCCACCGCUCACAGAUCAGCGUGUGGGCGCACACCAUCGUCCCCGCGGAGUUCCUCCUCGGGCAGCUGGAGACUCGCCUCACGAAGAUCAUCGUGCAGAUGGCCAGCUAUAACCAGGCCACCCAGGAGAUCGCCCGGCCCUCGGACCUGCUGGCUGGCAUCAGGGCAUACACCGCCAGCCUGCACACCCUGUGCCGCUACGUCAACAUGGACAUCACCCGCCUGACGAAGAGCGUCCUGUUACAGCAGACCCAGCCACUGGACAGCCAGGGAGAGCAGACCAUCACCACACUCUACACCAACUGGUACCUGGAAGGCCUCCUCCGGCAGGCCAGCAGUGGCGUGAUCAUCCACUGUCCCACAAUGCACUGCUUCGUCAACCAGCCCAAUGAGAAUGAUCAAAGCUUCAGGGCAGAAGAGUACUCUGACGUCCUUGAGCUGCAAGCUCUGGCCGAGCUGAUUGGUCCAUACGGGUUGAAGUUCCUCAGUGAGAAUCUGAUGUGGCACAUCACCUCACAAGUCACUGAGCUGAAGAAACUUGUGUUUGAGAACAUGGACAUUCUGGUGCAGAUGAGGUCUAACUUCGAUAAGCCGGAAGUGAUGGUCAAUCUUCAAAAGAGACUUAAUGGAUCUGAAAGUGUCCUGAAGAGGAUGACUAUCAUUGGCGUGAUCCUGUCCUUCAGAGCCAUGGCACAGGACAUGCUGGGAGACGUUAUGCACAAGCACUGCCCUUAUCUCUUGGGUCCCAUUGAAAGCCUGCAGGAUCUUGUGUCUCCAGAAACGGACAUCAAGGUCACUAUCAGCGUCUUUGAGCUGGCCACCGCCGCCGGACUGUCCUGCGAUAUUGACCCGGUGCUCGUCACCGCCCUGGCCAGCAUGAACACAGACAGCUCCUCUGUAGAUGAGGAGUACAAGCUGACCUGUCUGCUCCUGGUGUACAUUGCCGUUUCCCUGCCUGUCCUGUCCCUGGAUUCCAACUCUUACUACAGCCGUGAGAACGGAGGGCACCAGAACAACAUCCACUGCCUGGCCACAGCCGUCAACCAGCUCACCGCCGCCAUGCUGACCGUCCAGGGCAAGAACAUCGAGCAGCACCUCAAAGAGUUCCUCUUGGUGGCGUCCUCCACACUGCUGCAGCUGGGCCAGAACGUGGCGGCAGUGGAGAGUAAAAACAGGGAUUCCAUCUACCUUCUGCUCCACAUGAUCGUGGAGGAGUCUCCGUUUCUAAGCCAGGACAUGCUGGAGAACUGCUUCCCCUACGCCCUGCUACGCAAUGCUUACAGAGAGGUGUACAAGGCCUCAGUCAUCACCAUGGGCUAACCCACCAAUCAUCACCAAGAGCUGAGCCACCUAUUAUCACCAAGAGCUGACCCACCAAUCAUCGCCAAGAGCUGAGCCACCGAUUAUCACCAAGAGCUGCCCCACCUAUCAUCACCAAGAGCUGCCCCACCUAUUAUCACCAAGAGCUGCACCACAGAACCCCCACCCCCACCCUUUACUAAUGAAAGCUUAAGCAUGUUUCACAAACCACAGGGAAUCAAUUAAAAUAAAUGUUUAUGUUUCUUUACAAAUUUCCAGAGGAAAUAUUCUGUACUCACUAGAUCGUAGGCUUCCAACUGCUGUCCAAUAAAUGUGUUUAUUAAUCUCCAUA